UGUUAUACGUAAGUUAAAUACAUUGUUUUUAAUAUUUUCGUUGUACUUUCAUUAGUUGUAUCUACAUUCUUGCGUGGCAAAUGAGAUCACUUAUAUAUGUGCCCCACUGGAUAUAAUUAUUUAACAAUCAUCCAUUAAGAAGAUGUGAACAUGUGAAAAUAUAAUGAAUGAUGGAACCUUUUUAAUGAAAAGGGUUAAAGACACAUUUGGUCACUGAGAUUACUAAAUCGGGACAUGUUUAGUCACUUGAAAAAGUUAAUAUCAAAUUUGGUCACUAUAAUUACUAAAACAGGACACAUUUAUUCACUCGCCGUUAGUUGCCGUCCAACUCCGUUAAAAGAGUCCGUUAUGUGCUGAUGUGGCUAACAUGAGCCCCUAGUCAGUGGCGUUUUGGGAAGGAAAUGGUCAAACCCGACCCGCCAUGUUACUAAACCCGCCACGUAAUAAACCCAACCCAAUCCAUUAACCCAACCCGACCCAGAAAUAAACCCUAACCCACCUAACCAGACUAGAGCCCACUUAAAAAAAAAACUUAUUAGUUUCCAUUUGUAGACCCGAAAACCCUUCUCCUUCCUCGAGAGCUCUUCCCCUUCGCCAUUUUCGAUCAAACUAAUCUGAGAGCAGAGAGCAGGGAGUAGGGUUGGGCAACGGGACGGGUACCAAUUCCUCAUUUGGAGACCAAAGUCCAUCCCAUAUCCCAAACCCAUAUGGGAAAUAGGUACCCAUUACCCGUACGGGACGGAUAACGGGUACCCAUACUACCCAUAAAUACCCAAAGUUUAAACCACUAAAAUUUUAACAAUAGUUUAAACUUAACUUGUAUUUGCUUAACAAUCACAAGACACAAAAUACAUCCCAAUCACAAAUACUUGAUUUGAAAAUUACACAUUCAUGAACAAUCACAACACAUAGAAAUAAACCAUUCCAAGCACCAAAUUAUCAAAUAAGAAGUUUCAUUCAACACAACCAAAUGGGAGGCAUGUUGCUACCUUUCUUGUGUUGCUGAAUGCAGAAAGUGUCCAAAUUUUUAGGUUCACGGGAAGCUAAAAUCUAUAGCAUACAAAAGAAACUUUCUGCAAGCUGUUGCUAUUGCAGUUCUCCCUUCUCCAGACUGCUGCUGCUGUCGUUCUCCCUUUUGCAGUUGCAAGUUGCUGUCCUGCACCUGCUGUCGUGCUACUGUCCUGCAAAGAAGAAUAGUUAGUAGCAAAAAGGUUAGGCAAAAUACAUUUGUAUAUCCACAACUAUCAGGUUUGUGACAAAUAUAUCCACAACUAUCGAAAUACACGAAAUAUCCAAAAAUCGGAAGGUUGUGUGAAAAAUCUAUCCACUUCCGUCAGAAACUAUAACGGCGUGUCAGACGGCAUUAAAUUGACUAACGGAAUGUUGAAUCAAUGCCAUCUCACCUGCCACAUAAGCCAAAAAGCAACCAAACACUACACGUAGAUGCCAAAUAGGCUAGUUGAAUAAAGGCCAAAUACAGUUGUAUAUCCACAACUAUCAGGUUUGUGACAAAUAUAUCCAAAACUAUCGAAAUACACGAAAUAUCCAUUUUCGUCCACUUUGUUAACUCCGUCAGUUAACUUGAUGACCGGACAAACGGUGGAUGCUUAGUUGGCAUGUUUCUGACCCCACUGAAUGAUGUGGAUUAAAAGAGAAUUAAAAAAAAACCCUAAAAACCACAGACAGUGACACUAAAAAUCCAACACAGAAACACGCCCGAUAACCACUGAUCCUCUUCCAAUCGACGCCUCCACCCCCAAAUAACCCUACCCCAAGCCCAGUUUUCGAUUCCAACCACAAUCCCCAACCAUUGCCUCCCUUUUACUCCGACCGCUUCCAUACAGCCGGCGCCAUGGUGAUACCAAGCUUGAAUCUCAAACAAAAAAGUUUGAAUAUGUAUUUUGGGUCUUUUGUUCCAUUAAGGAGAAAUCAGUUAAAGAAUUAUCUUCCCCCAAACUCUAAGCUCUCCCUAUCUCCUAAUUUCUCUUCUUGCCUAGUCCAAGGCUUCGGCCGAUCCUUAAUUCUGUUCUUCCUCUCCUAAUCUCAAUCCCUAAUUCUGUUCUUAAUCCCUAAAUCCUCAAUUCACGAUAGAACUCUAAUCCCAGGUUCUAUCAAUUGGUAUCAGAGCCAACAUGAGCUCCUCAAGGCUCUCUGAUCCUUCUUGGACACGUUUGCUGCAGCGAAUUGAUGCUCUCUGCGCCGACCGGGAAGCGACGGCGCGCGUAGGAGGCUGCCCAGCGGUGAUGGCAGGCGGUCCGAUUGGGCUGGAGCUGGAGACGGCGCCGCCCGAGGGGCCGUCGACCGGGGAAGUGGCGGUCAUGCCGGGCGAGUCGGCGAUGCAGGAGGACGGAGGGCAAGGCGCGGCGCUCGGCGCGGCGUCGAUUGCCCAAGGAGGAACGCCGACGUCGGAACAGCGCAGCGGUGAGGAGAUGGGCUUGUCGCCUAUGAGCAGAUCGCCAGAGGAGCAGGCGAUGGCGGAGAAGAAACCGCCAAUGAAGGCCGCGUCGGAGGACGUGAUGGAAACAGGGGGCGAGCUCGGGAAAGCGAAGCCGGUUGGGGUGAAUGCGGCGAUGGAGGUGGAACUGGCGGAACCGAAGACGAGGUCGGCGUCGGGCUGGUCCUCGCAACGCCGGGUGCGCGACUUGACGUCGGGGUCAUCGAAGAAAGAGGUGGAAGAGGGCGGCGGCAUGGCUUUGUUACACUCAAACCCUAGAGAGGCCUCCAACCGCAAAACACCACAUCAACAGCUAUGCCCGUUGGGCCAAGCAAUUUGGGCCAACUAUUAUUUUGAGGGGCCAAGAGUAAUGGAUUGUUUGGUGCAGGAAGGUGAGGGAAAUUUCAUUCAUGGGCUUGAAAAGAAAGAGGAGAGCGUUGGGCUCAUCACAGGCCAAAUUGACCAACGGAACGGGCCAAGUCUGAGAGAGAAUGGGACCAAAUUAAGCUUUAGUCUUGGGCCGCCCAAGAAAGGAGCCAGCAAGUUUAAUGAGGGAGAUGGGCUAAUUCUACAGAGUGGGCUAGGGCUUCAGUUGGGCUGGCUAGUUGGGCUUUUUUGGUAUGGAUUGGGUUCAAUGGCUUGGGAAAAGAUGGUGUAGGACUGGAAGAAAAGAAAGCGCAAAGAGCGGA